AAGUAAUGAUCUUGAGACACUCAGUUUGGCGCCCUUAUAAAUAGGCUUUUAGACUAAAAUGAAGUUCUCAAUACUUUCUUUAGUCCUGUUAAUAGGAAUCUUUAAUAAAAUUCGAGGGGAUGCAGAGGUGUGCGACGACUCGGUUUGCACCAUUGAUAAUAACUGUCGAUGCGCCUCCGUUAAUGGACCGUUAGCUUUGGAAGACACACCACAGUUAGUGGUAUUGGCCUUCGUAGAUGCUGCAACUCAAGACCUCUACAAAAAUGUUUGGGGACCAUUAGUAGAACCUAGAAAAAAUCCAGACGGAGAAUUUAUUUCUGCCACGUUUUAUCUUCCCCACGAAUAUACUGACUACCAAAUUGUGCAUGAUCUUGCCGUCUUUGGUUUUGAAAUAGCUGCCCACUCAGUAACGAAUAACCCUCACCAAGAGUAUUGGCGCAACGCCAACGAAUCUCUUUUGGAGAGUGAAUUUGGAGACCAAAAAAAAAUCAUCGCCAAGUUCGCGAAUAUUCCUGAAAGCGCGGUAAAGGGAACUUUGGUGCCGCAACUUGUCUUGGCCGGUGAUAGCAGCAUCACAGCUUUCGUUAAGCAAGGAUUCGUAUACGAUAACUCAUGGACGAGCAAAACUAGUUUGUACCCAUAUACGUUAGACUAUGCUUCUGACCAGAACUGCGAUACUGGUUCGAACUGUCCCAAGGAGUCUCACCCUGGAUUUUGGAUUGCUCCUAUUAUUGAUUUGAUUGCCGGUGAUGGAGAUGUGUGUGCUACUAUUGCCGCUUGUUUCCGCGACAGUAAUACACAAACUGCUCAGGAAAUAUCUGACUGGUUGGUUAACCAGAUACAAACUGUAAAAAACAGCAAUAGAGCACCACUUACAUUGAUAAUUGAAGAUAAUUUGUUUAAAAGCGUCAAUGAAUCAUGGGCCGGCUUAAAUGACGCUUUAGAUAGGAUUCAGGAAGAUAAAGAAAUAUUUUUGGUAUCUCAAUCUAGGGUAAUCGAAUGGAUGAAAAACCCAACUCCACUCUCGGAAUUCAAAACCGCAGCAGAAACAGUUGAUACCGGUUGCGUCAAAAACACAUGUGCUUUAAAGAACCCCAGUGGAGACGAAAGAUACAUGGUUUCCUGCGUUCCAUGCCCACAGAAUUAUCCUUGGUUGGGUAAUCCUGAAGGACAAUAGAUGAUUAUGUAACUGAUCGAUAAUAUGUGAUUUUAAUAAUAAAAAAAUAAAAGUAUUGUACAUAAAA